GUAUUUCGCCAUUGCUGUAUGAAGAGUUAUCUGGCCUGGCGUUUAGCUGUCAACAAAAAACUUGCGGUGCGGGACGCAGAGCUGCGGGGUUGAGGGAAAGCUCGUCAGCUGUUCCUCAAACCAUAUCCACCCCUGUCCCUUCCCCGAAGAACACUUUCAUGUGAAAACAGAGCCUACGGAUUAGGCAAACAUGUCCAAUCUCAGCAAAGGCGGCACCAAGAAGGACACCAAAAUGAGGAUACGGGCCUUUCCUAUGACGAUGGAUGAGAAAUAUGUCAACAAUAUCUGGGAUCUAUUAAAGAAUGCCAUCCAGGAAAUACAGAGGAAGAACAACAGCGGCCUGAGCUUUGAGGAACUUUACAGGAAUGCCUACACAAUGGUGCUGCACAAGCAUGGAGAAAAACUGUACACGGGCCUGCGGGAAGUUGUCACAGAACAUCUCAUUAACAAAGUACGAGAAGAUGUCCUGAACUCCCUAAACAAUAACUUCCUCCAAACACUAAAUCAAGCAUGGAACGACCACCAGACCGCCAUGGUGAUGAUCAGAGACAUCCUCAUGUACAUGGAUCGAGUUUAUGUGCAGCAAAACAAUGUUGAAAACGUCUACAACCUGGGGCUCAUCAUCUUUAGGGAUCAGGUGGUUCGUUAUGGCUGCAUCAGAGACCACCUUCGACAGACCCUGCUGGACAUGAUAGCACGAGAGAGGAAGGGGGAAGUGGUGGACAGGGGGGCCAUCAGAAAUGCCUGCCAAAUGUUAAUGAUUCUCGGCCUUGAAGGAAGAUCUGUUUAUGAAGAAGAUUUUGAAGCGCCGUUCUUGGAAAUGUCUGCAGAAUUUUUCCAGAUGGAGAGCCAAAAGUUCCUUGCAGAAAACAGUGCGAGUGUGUACAUUAAGAAGGUUGAGGCCAGAAUUAACGAGGAGAUUGAGCGGGUAAUGCACUGCCUGGAUAAAUCGACAGAGGAGCCCAUCGUUAAGGUGGUGGAACGAGAGCUCAUUUCAAAGCACAUGAAGACUAUCGUGGAGAUGGAGAACUCAGGCCUGGUCCAUAUGCUGAAGAAUGGCAAGACUGACGAUUUAGCGUGUAUGUACAAGUUGUUCAGUCGAGUUCCCAAUGGGCUGAAGACCAUGUGUGAGUGUAUGAGCUCCUACCUGCGGGAGCAAGGCAAGGCCCUCGUUUCAGAGGAGGGAGAAGGAAAAAAUCCAGUAGAUUAUAUUCAGGGUUUGUUAGACCUGAAGUCGCGUUUUGACCGUUUCCUCCAAGAAUCUUUUAAUAAUGACAGACUCUUUAAACAAACUAUUGCUGGAGAUUUCGAAUACUUCCUCAACCUCAACUCCCGCUCACCUGAAUACCUCUCGCUCUUCAUCGACGACAAACUGAAGAAAGGAGUUAAAGGGCUUACAGAGCAGGAGGUGGAGUCAAUACUGGACAAGGCCAUGGUUCUCUUCCGCUUCAUGCAGGAGAAGGAUGUGUUUGAGAGGUAUUACAAGCAGCACCUGGCUCGACGGUUGCUCACCAACAAGAGCGUCUCAGACGAUUCGGAAAAGAACAUGAUCUCAAAGCUAAAGACCGAGUGUGGAUGUCAGUUCACCUCCAAACUAGAGGGAAUGUUCCGUGACAUGAGCAUCUCCAACACCACCAUGGACGAGUUCAGGCAACAUCUCCAGACCACCGGGGUCGCCCUCGGAGGGGUUGAUCUCACUGUGAGGGUCCUGACUACAGGAUACUGGCCAACGCAAUCAGCAACACCUAAGUGCAAUAUCCCCCCUUCACCACGUCAUGCAUUUGAGGUCUUUAGAAGGUUUUACCUUGGUAAGCACAGUGGUAGACAACUCACCUUACAGCACCAUAUGGGUUCUGCAGAUUUAAACGCCACCUUCUAUGGUCCCAUUAAAAAGGAGGACGGCUCAGAAGUAGGAGUGGGAGGGGCCCAGGUGACUGGCUCCAACACCAGAAAACACAUCCUGCAAGUUUCCACCUUUCAGAUGACCAUUCUCAUGCUUUUUAACAACAGGGAGAAGUCCACUUUUGAGGAAAUCCAGCAGGAGACGGAUAUCCCUGAGAGGGAGCUGGUGCGAGCGUUGCAGUCCCUGGCCUGUGGGAAGCCCACUCAGAGAGUUCUUACUAAAGAGCCCAAGUCCAAGGAGAUUGAAAAUGGCCACGUGUUUACAGUCAAUGACCAGUUUACCUCUAAACUGCAUCGGGUCAAAAUCCAGACAGUGGCUGCUAAGCAGGGAGAGUCUGACCCAGAGAGGAAAGAGACGCGACAGAAGGUUGACGAUGACAGAAAGCAUGAGAUUGAAGCUGCCAUUGUUCGCAUCAUGAAGUCUAGAAAAAAGAUGCAGCACAACGUCUUAGUAGCAGAGGUCACACAGCAGUUGCGAGCACGAUUCCUUCCUAGUCCAGUAGUCAUCAAGAAACGCAUUGAAGGACUCAUUGAGAGGGAAUAUUUAGCAAGAACACCGGAGGACCGCAAAGUGUACACCUAUGUAGCAUAGCCAGUAAAUCCACUGAAAGCUAGCAUCCAGCUGAAACGGAAGGCCUUGUCUUUGUGGACUGCUUAGUGUUGGGAUGAACUUUGGAAGUCCUUUCAUCAUUGAUUCUGGGACACACUGGGAAGCUUAACGUUUCUUCCAUAAACGUGAAAA